UGGUCCCGGGACUGGAGCAUGGAGAGGCACAGCAGGAAACGACAGAGCCAACAGCAUCCUUUUCACCCUCCUGGGCAUUCCCAUCUGUGGCUCCAGACCCUAGAAGUCAGACUUGCAGACCAAACCGCGGACCCACGGGGCUCCUUUCCUCUUCCAAGAGCCACCAAACCCCGGCAGCGCUCCUUCAGCCCCUGUCUCCAGCGCUACCCUGGCAGCUGCAACCGGAGGCUGCCGCAUUUGCAUUCUCUCCAAGGUCCCUUCUGCUCCCUGAUCCUCCUCUACCCUCCUCUGUCAAUCGGCUGGCCCUGAAUUUCCCAGAAUCGUCAAGUCCCCAGAUCCCGCUAACAACUCUUAGCCUUGCCCUCCCCAGUGCUGGGUCCUCCCAUGCCCCGCGUCUCCGCUGCUGCCAUGAGCUCCCUCCUUGGCAUGAGCCGCUCCCCUGCCGCCUUCAAGCAGGGGCUGCGCAGCCUGGGGCAGCCCCCCAGACGCAUGACAUCUAGGGCGUGUGCGCCCCGUCCACCGCGAGAGGUGCCCCUCUGUCCGCUGAUGCCACGUGGUGAGACGCAGAACGCGGACACCCUGCCGGGUCCCACCAACUGGCCACUGCUGGGCAGUCUGCUGGAGAUUCUUUGGAAAGGGGGCCUGAAGAAACAGCAUGACACUCUGGUAGAGUACCACAAGAAGUAUGGCAAAAUUUUUCGAAUGAAGCUGGGUUCCUUCGACUCAGUGCAUCUGGGCUCCCCAUGCCUCUUGGAAGCGCUGUACCGCGCCGAGAGCGCGUAUCCCCAGCGGCUGGAGAUCAAGCCAUGGAAGGCCUAUCGCGACUACCGCAAGGAGGGCUACGGACUGCUGAUCUUGGAAGGAGAAGACUGGCAGAGGGUGCGGAGUGCCUUUCAAAAGAAACUAAUGAAACCAGUGGAAAUUAUGAAGCUGGACAACAAAAUCAAUGAGGUGCUGGCUGAUUUUAUGGGAAGGAUAGAUGAGCUCUGUGAUGAAAGAGGCUGCAUGGAAGACCUGUACCGCGAGCUCAACAAAUGGUCCUUUGAAAGUAUCUGCCUCGUGUUAUAUGAGAAGAGAUUUGGGCUCCUUCAGAAGAAUGCUGGGGAAGAUGCUCUGAACUUCAUCGCGGCCAUCAAAACAAUGAUGAGCACGUUUGGGAGGAUGAUGGUCACGCCAGUUGAGCUGCACAGGAGCCUCAACACCAAGGUCUGGCAGGCCCACACGCUGGCCUGGGACACCAUCUUCAAAUCAGUCAAGUCCUGUGUCAACAGCCGGCUGGAGAAAUACUCUCAACAGCCUGGUGCUGAUUUCCUCUGUGAUAUUUACCAGCACAGUCAGCUUUCUAGGAAGGAACUCUAUGCGGCUGUCACAGAGCUCCAGCUGGCUGCUGUAGAAACGACAGCAAACAGCUUGAUGUGGAUUCUCUACAAUUUAUCCCGUAAUCCCCAAGUGCAACAAAAACUUCUUAAGGAAAUUCAAAGUGUGUUGCCUGAGAAUCAAACACCACGGGCUGGAGAUCUGCAGAAUAUGCCAUAUUUAAAGGCCUGUCUGAAAGAAUCUAUGAGGCUUACCCCAAGUGUACCAUUUACAACUCGGACUCUUGACAAGGCAACAGUCCUGGGUGACUAUGUUUUACCCAAAGGAACAGUGCUGAUGCUGAAUACCCAGGUGCUGGGGUCCAAUGAAGACAAUUUUGAGGAUUCAAGUCAGUUUAGACCUGAACGUUGGCUUCAGGAGAAGAAAAAGAUUAAUCCUUUUGCACAUCUUCCAUUUGGCCUUGGGAAAAGGAUGUGCAUUGGCCGCCGUUUGGCUGAGCUCCAACUCCACUUAGCUGUCUGCUGGAUCGUCCGCAAAUAUGACAUCGUGGCCACAGACAAGGAGCCUGUUGAGAUGCUGCACCUGGGUAUCCUGGUGCCCAGCCGGCAGCUCCCCAUUGCAUUCUGCCAGCGAUAAGAACUCAGGAUCAAGAAGAGCAAUUUUUUAGCUUCCUGCAAGAAUGGUGCUUGGGCUUCUGCAUCCCUGGAAAGCCAACAGCAGAGCAGCAGCAGCUCAUGAAGAAUGUUUAAGCCCUGGUGUCUCUCCUCUCCCCCUGCCACUUGUUCUAGAACUGUACUGUCUGUUUAGAUGAAGCCACUUACUAAGAGUAAGUCCAACCCAGGGAAGUGAGUUGAGUGCUGGGACACCAGGCUCUCCAGGGUUCACCCCUGCUUACACUUUUCCAAGGUCCCCACAAGCCUGUUUUCUCUUGUAUCCUCCAUGGCAUGAAGGGUGCUGAGCACUUGCCAGUCAGUCAGGUGAGGUUGCCAGGUGUUUCUGCACCUGCCCUGCCAGACCCACUGCCAAUUCUCCAGAGUAAGCUCAUGGUUCUCAGUGAAAGGUGUAAGGUGUCUGUCUUAUAUCGGGGUGAUACUGAUAAUCCACUUGCUGUCUUUCUGUUUCAUGAAUACCUGCUUAAUAAUGUUAGCAAAGCUGAAUGUUGGUUAAAGCAACCAGGUCCUCACAAAACUGUGUUUUCCUGCAUUCAGUGGAAAUAUUGGAAAAUUAGAGAAUAUUUCUGUUUUAAGAGGUAGUUUAAGUCAGAACUUCUUAUACAAGAAUAUCUUAAUGAUUUAAUAUGACAUCAUUUACUCAAAGAGCCCUGAAAUGUUUUAUUUCAUUAAUGUAUUUACUCUAUGGCAGUGGACCAUAGAAUGGAUGGGUCAAGAGUUUGUAGUAUGACCGCAGAGGUACAUCCUGGGGUGUGUGUGUGUGUGUGUGUGUGAUUCUUUCUAGUGGUAAUAUGUGGUGCUUAAUUUAGGAUCUGUAGUGCGGGGUGAUGUACUGAAGUUCAGUUACAGCUUCAAAAUACUCAUUGUGACUUUAAUAAAAUGAUUUCUCUGCCUUGAUCUUCCCAUCUACCUAAUGGGGCAAUAGGAAGGUAUGCAUUCCUUAAAGAUUAUGGAACAUCUGUUAUGUGAACUAAACUUCUUUGGAAAAAUACUAUUUCAUAAAUGCAAAGUGCAUAGAGGUUCGUGCCUUACAUAUAAGACUUUUAAAGCUGUUUACAUAUGGUUUAUUUGAGCAUGUUUUCACUACUGCUUUUCCUAAAAGCAUACUGUAUUUUUGUGUAUAUUUGGUAGAUAUUUCCUUUUCGAGGUUAUAUUUUUAGAACAUUUUGGAAGUGUUAUGUCUUUGUAUUUGAAUACAUAUGUCCAUAUUGCUAAAAUGAGUCUAUGCUUUCUUGGUACUAUGAAAUUAUUUUUGGAACUAUAAAUCCACAUGUGUUAUCAGAUUUCAUCUGCAUAUCUUUGAAUACUUUGAAAGCAAAAAUAAAAGUUUUUAAAUACUCAA